ACCAUUCUCUACAACGACCGUGACAAGUUGCCAACACGAUGGCCACCACCACCACCGUGCCAAAAAACCUCUACCACAAACGUCACGUCGCCGACGCCGCCGCAAAGCAGUGCGACAUCUGCUACCGCCCCAGCACGUGCGUGCUCAUCACGCCGGACCAGAAUGACUGGUUCUAUAUAUGUCCAGGCCACCUGAAAGAUCGUGGGUUCUGUAGUCCGGCGGGGGAGGAGAGGAAGGUGAAGGCGAAGGUGGAGGCGGAGGGCCAGGGCGGGGAGGGCGACGCGGAGAAGGAGAAGAGGGAGAAGCUGGAGAAGGAGAAGGAGGAGAUUAGGUUACAGGUCAUUAGGGAGUACGAGGAGAAGUUGGCGAAGAAGGGGAAGGAGAAGGGGAAGGAUAAAGACAAGAAGGAGGAGGAUAAGAAGGAGGGGGAUAAGAAGGAGGAUAAGAAAGACGGGAAGGAUAAGGAUAAGGAGGAGGACGAAAAGAAGGAGGAGGAGGAGCCGCGGAUCUUUGUUUUGCACAAGAAAAUAUUUGAUCGCCGCGUCCUCCUUAAGCGGCAGGCAAUCGCUGCGAAGCGGAAUCUGGAGAGGAUGAAGAAUCCCGGAUUCUGGCCGAGUGUUCCCAGCGGGCUGCCAUAG